AUGCCAGCCACGGGCUAUGCUGUUUCGAGUAAUGCUGUAUUGGUGACCAGGGCUCUUCCCUGCUGCGUGCAUUUACCGCCUGAGGCCGCCAAAAUCAAUUCCAUAAGUGCCGCUUUGGGAAGCUUCUCCUUACUAGACACGGCACUGCAGAACCAUAAAGCCCAAUAUCCCCUCUUGUCACCUCGACCGUCUUCUGGUGUUCAACAGCUCUCAUUGAAGUUCGCCUUGAUUUUCAUCAAUCACGCGCUGGCGAAGUUCAUACUAUUACAGGAGAUGGUGGGCCAGCGAAAGACAUCCGACCGAGCGGAUGUAUUCAUACAUCAAGACCCCAAUGUGCCCCGGUACAACCAAAGGCUUUCUCGGCAACAAUGGGCUGAUCUGAAGCCUCUGAUCUUCGCUCUACACCAGCAAGGCACAACGCAAAACGGAAUCUUAGAAGCACUCCAAGAGAGAAGCAUUUCUGUUACAAAAGCUCAGUUGUACCAUCAAUUGAUGAACUGGGGCCUUCGAACAUAUAAGAAGAAUGCGGCCGACAUCCAGAAUAUACUAGCGAUAGGAUCGUCAUCAACACGGCCGGAGGUGGAAAGUCCUUCGGCCGUCGAAUCUCUCGAGAAUGGCGAGCUCGAAUUGUCCGAUGCCGGUCGCGAUCGUCUCUUCCAGGCUUCGGACGAUGACAUGUCGAGUCCGACAUUACGUGCCUCCGAACGCACAAACACCAGCACCUCCGCUCGAAAGAAGGACAUGUUCCCACUCGGAGACGACUUGGCAAACAAGGAAUCUAUCGAUCAUUUUCCAACCCCUGGAUACGGAGAACGUCUCAAAUUCCACCUGCCACCAUACGAAAUGGACAGUGAUGUGGUUGCGAUCCUGUCGUCCUAUGACAAGAAACAAGACCAUUUCAGUGAUCGCCUCGAAAAGAUAAACAGGGCUGCGGCAAUGCUGUUUGUGCUGCGUCGCCACAAGUCAUCCUUCGACUUUUUCUAUCACCUACUUUCCAUACUUAACGAUGACGAGAGACAGUCGUCUUUCACUCGUGUUUCGCUUGCCCAAUCUGUUAUCAAUUGCAGGCGCUCCGCCCAAUCAAAAGCGCAAUGUGACCUGGCAGAUUCUGCAAUAUUACAGUUGCAGCUAUGGUCACAAUAUAACACACUAUUCUGCACUGCAGACUUUGUAAAGGAGUUCUAUUACAGAGAAUGUGUUGACCAUCUUUGUGAGAAUCUGACAGAAUCUGAAACCUGCACAGCUAAUUCAAUGCUACUGCUAAAUUCCAUAUACAUGCCGGGUGUUGAACCCUGGUCGAAACACUUUCCACAGGAUAUCCUUCGCCACUGCUUCGAAUGCGCAAGACUGAAAAAAACCCUUUCCGAAGCUCUGCAUGUGAUUCAGGAUUUUGUGACGGCUAAGCAGACGACUGUUGAUGAUGCACUCAGAGGAUUUUGCGAUCGCAGACCUGUGGAUUGGACAAGCCUACAGCUCCUGUGUCUCCAGAUACUGAUGGAAGUCCGCCUAGGAGGGCCACCUCCUUCGCAGCGUGCAAAGUGCUGCUGCAGUCGGGAAAUCAACAGCUUUAUCUUCUACCAUGUUGCUUAUGCCGUUCCCGCAGUGCUUGAAAGCCUUCUUCGCCCCCCUUUCACUUCCGAAUGGAGAAAUCCCUCGGGCUUUCUGGCAAUCAUUGAGCAGCUACGGAGAGAAUGUAUCAGCACCACGCCAGGGCGGUAUCAAUUACUGGUGCGUUCAUAUAUUCGGCACUGGUCCAAAGUGGAGUCCUACCCACUGCUGGAUCGCGAGCUGUCUCUCUCGAUGGUCAAGUCUGUGGCUGUUUUCGCUGGCUUACUAACCUUCGAAGACGUCGACUCGAUGGAAGUUUCUACUGUCCCCUGGAAAGAAGGUGGUUCUCCUGGACGGCACACACUGGAAGAUGUCCAUCGGCUUCUAAACCCCCGGCCGAUGGGUCUUGACUUGUCGAAGAUGGCUCCCACCAUUGCGCCCUCGUGCACAUCCUCACUGAGUUCCGGAUACCGACGAUUCAAGAUAUCCUCGAAGCGCUUCGAGGAUUCCCAAUCAGAGUCUAUUCGCAGCAGGCAUUCUCAAUCUUCCGGAGGAUUUGUGUCUUCGCGUAUGAGCUGGGAACUUUGA